AUGAAGGGAAUGAAGGGCAUGAAUGUUAAUCGAAUGCUAGGCACGCUGAAGCGCAGACCCACCUCAGAUUCCCAAAAUGGAGCUGUUGAACCGCAGCUCGAUACACCAGAAGCAAAUGCAUCGCGGAAUGUGCGGCUCUUCUGCGAGUCUGGAGGACCUAAUGGUUCCGGCGAAGAAGUCCUCUAUCUGCCAACGAUAGUCGAAUCCUGCGAAUCCUCGCCUUCUGCCGCCAAAGAAGCGGCAUACCUCAUUCGAAAGUUCCUAUCCAAGGACAACUACGCCAAACCAUAUGUACAAUAUAAUGCCAUUAUGCUGAUUAGGAUUCUGGCGGAUAACCCCGGCCCGACCUUUACCAGAAAUAUGGAUACGAAAUUUGUUCAGGUGGUGAAGGAGUUAUUGAGGGCGGGCCGAGAUCCCAGUGUCAGACAAAUAUUAAUAGAGACUCUUGACACAUUCGGGAGGAAGAAGUACGGCGAUGAAGGCUGCGUCCAGCUAAACGAGAUGUGGAAGAAGGAGCGUGAAAAGAUGACCAAGGCACAGGGCCCAAUAAGUCCUGGUGUAUACAAUAGCCCUCCGCUCGAUCCUCAAAAUCAAAACUACUUCUCUCGAAAUCAUCGCAGCCGUCGGCUCCCUCCUCCCCAGGAACUCGCCUCCCGUAUUGAAGAGGCCCGAAUUUCUGCGCAACUCCUUUCUCAAACGGUACAAAGCACUCCACCCUCCGAAAUACUGCAGAACGAACUUGUCCGGGAAUUUUCAGAUCGUUGCCAGAGCGCAAGCAGAAGUGUACAGGCAUAUAUGGUGGCCGAAGACCCGGCGCCAGACAAUGAUACUAUGGAGACCUUGAUCGAAACGAAUGAGCAGCUAAGCAAAGCAAUGCAUCAACAUCAGCGUGCUGCUCUGGCCGCAAGAAAAGCUGCAGGUCUAGGAAACGGAACGCCCCCGCCACGCACCGAUUCCGGAUUCGCGCCACCUCCCCCAGGUCCUCCUCCAACUCAAGCUGAACGCAUCAUGCCUACAAGAACUAAGAACGUGGCCGCGCCGCAAAUACCGCCUCCAGGAGACUAUGCUCCAACCGGGAUCGAACCAGAUGAAGAUCCAUUUGCAGACCCAGUCGAUCCUCAAGAAAAUAGAUCGACCAAAAUCCCACCUGUUCCCCAAGAUAAGCCCCCAAGGCACACAGGACAAUUUAACGACCAACUAGGCAUUGAACCAUACCAUCCCGGGUUCAAGCCGAGUCCGGGUUAUAAUGCUAGGCAGGACAGCUCGGCUGGCCAGCUCACGAUGCAUGCUGCCGGAGGGGCGACCCUGGAUGAGGAAAAGGAAAAGGGGCUAGAGCAAGAGGGAAGUUCGGCUCCGGCUCCCGUGAAAGCCCCUGUUUAUCGGUAUUGA